AGGCCAUUUCUGCUCAGGCCUGGCCCGGGGCACGGGGCGAGGGGUCGGGUGCGCGGGGAGGGCCCCCGCAGAUGGCGGCCGUCGCGCUGGGUGCCGCAGAGCGCCCCUGCUCCGCCAGGGAGGCCUCAGGACCCGCCCCCCGGGCCUGAGCCCGCGACUGCCGUCCGGAGCGGCGUGCCCUGGGGGCAUCAACUACGUCCCGCCGCCCGCCAAGGCAGCCUCAGGCAUUGCCGCUGCGGCCGCAGGCGCAGGCCCGCGACGGCCGCCCGGAGCGGCUCCUCCCGGCGACGCCAGCGAGGCCGCGCCGCCCGCUGGGGAGGCCUCGGGCCCCGCGCCCGAGGAGAGGCGAGGCCGGCUGCUCCGCAGCUUGCAGAAGGCGGCGCGGUCCCGUGCAGGCAGCCCGAUCGUGCGCGCUCUCAGGCGCGGCUCAUGCACCAAGACACAACUCCGCCCUGCCGAGGCCUCGCGCUGGGCCUCGACGCCGUCCCGGCGGACCGCCGGGUGGCGGAGUGCAUCAGGCGGCGGGCAAUCCUCAAGUCGCUGCUCCUGCAACUGGACCUCGCCCUGUGCGAGAGCGCCCAGGCGCUCCAGAUGAGGCCCUCCAAGCGAGACAAACUUACCGCGCGGAACUACCACGCGUGCUUCAGGGAGUUGCACAGGGCAUUGGACCAGUGCCAGCGCAUGCAGCAGGCUGCGAUCACGCUCGAGGCGUAUGACAGCAGCAGGCUGAUCACGCGGACGAGGAAGAGGAGGAG